CCGGCAAACACAUAAAUACCAGGUCAAAUCCGUCCAAAUCAAUUCACUAAUAUCAUCUUCAACUUAUUCUAUCUCAUUCUCAAUAUCAUCAGCCAUUCAACCUUAACACCAAUUAUGAAAACCCCAGACCUCUACAUCCCUGGACCAGCCUGGUCAAUCCGCAUUGUCAGCUUAAAGACCAACUGUGCCUUGUUUUCUCGGCCUUACUCUGGACUGGACAUCUGGCACCCUGAGCCGGACUUCUGGCACCAUCCGUCGUACUAUGUCCGCGAUGACCAGUACUGGUACAUGAUUCCCGGAAAGGGGAAAUUCGAAGGCUACUACUACAUCAAAAACUGGGUGACCCACAAGGUCAUCUACUCACGCGGUGACCAGCGUCCGUACGUGGGAACGGACGAGAACAACGAAGACCACGGGGACCACUACUUCAAACUCGAACCGGGAACGGGCGUGUACAACGGAUGCUUCCGGUUGAGGAACUAUGCCUCGGAUACAUGUUUGAUUUCGAGGGAUACGGAGCCCGAGGUGUAUAACUGCCGGGCUUCAGAUGCCCCGGCUGACGAGCAGUAUUUCAAAUUCGAUCUGUAUGCCUUACUCGAUCUUCCUCCACCGUCUUCCGGUUCGAGCACCAGUAUCGGGCCCUGGGCGCCGUCACCGAAUAUCUCCAAAAUGAUCAACCUCAACGGGCUUCUGAAGAUGCUCGCGGGCUUCGCUCUCAGCCAAGUCCCCCAUGUCGGUGGUCUGCUCUCCGGCAUCAUCGGUCUAUACUGGCCGGACGAGAAUGAAAGCCUCACCUGGGCGCAGAUUGAGGCCGGCGUCAGGUCAAUCGUGAGGGAUAUGCUGGACGAGGAGAAGGUGAAGGAGUUGCGAAAGGAGGUCGAGGUCCUCAAGGACCUGAUCAAGCGGUACGAUGCGGGCUCGUUUGGAACGCAGCAAAAGGCCGAGAAGUUCAACUAUAUUCUCGACCACUUCACGACGAUCAAGCGGAAUUUCCUUGAUAAUGAGACGCCAUGGCAUACGCUGCAGUAUUUCAUUCCCAUGGCGACGCUGCAUCUCACCUUUCUGCGUCAUCAGCUCUUCCUCUGGGAUGAGAUUUAUCCCGAGGAUGCAGGAGCGGACAAGGAAGUUCACCAGAAAGACCUCGAGGACGCGAUCAAGGAAUACACCGCUGCAGCAGAGAAAAUCUUCGAAAAGUGUAUCGCAUGGCGCAUGGAGCAGACGAUCUUCAAGACACCCUGGAUCAAAACUGAAUGGGUGGUGAACGAUCCCCCUCAAUUCCGAUUUGUACACGACUACGAACGUGACAUUGUGCGGAUAGCCAAAUGGAAUGUCGGCACGCAUCUCAGCUACCCGCCCAAUGAGACCUACCGCGAUACAGCCCACGAAGACCCUAAUGACAAAUGGCAACUCCCUUGGGAGCACGAAGAUAUCGACAGACGGCCCAAGCUCGGCUUCACUCAAGACGACAUGGUGGAGCGGUACUACCACGAUCUGCGCGAUUCCGCCGACGCAAUCUACAGACAGCAGAUCAAGGAUCUCCUCGCGCCAUCGCUGCAAUGGCCUCAAUUCAUCAACGACAACAAGGGCCAGUAUACCCCCGUGCCGCGGGAUGUGAUCUGCACGACCACCGAAACGCUCGGCAGCGGUAUCACCACCGGCAUGACGCACUUCAACGACCGCGAGUUUGCCGAGAAGCACGGCCCCAUCAGCCAAAUCGCCAUCUGGGGGUGGGAUCGUGUCGAGGGAUUCGAGAUCUGGUACGGCGGGGUGGGCAGCGGCCAUCGGGGCGGAUAUUCUGGGGAGAAGAAGAUGCUCCAAGUGGGCGAGGGCGAGUCAGUUGUUUGUGUGUCUGGACGUAUUAGUGAAUUCCAGCAGGAUAACUCUAUGGUUCCUGGAGGUGCCGAUGACAGAUACUGCGAGUAUCUGCAUUCGAUCCGGUUCUUUGUGAGUCAGGAGAAGAGUAUCUCUUGCGGUGGUGAUGGUGGAGCAGGCGAGCCAAAGAUGCCGGAUAACUUCCGUCUUGGGCAGCCGUAUAACGGGCCUACGAAAGAUCCUGCAACUCCCAGGGUCAUGUAUGUGUAUGGCUGGGCAAGUGACGAGCAUAUAGAAGGCUUUGGGGCUUCUCUUGUGAAGACGGAGAGUGUUUGAUAUCUCAUUGAUACAGUAAUGCCAUGUAUAUAAAUUCAAGAACUGGUAUCUCUAAUCAUACCAAACCAGAUUGGCCGGACUAUAAUCCAUAUCCAAAUGCGCAACCACAGAUGCACUCUCCUCAUUCAUCUUCCACACCUCGACGAAAUUGUCCCCGGCAUCAGCAAUAGCAAAGUACUCUUCGGAGAAGAUAGCAGGCGAGAUGGCAUUUGAAGCACCACCAUAGCUAGUAGUGGGUGUCAAGAAGAGCUG